AUUAUACUCGUCCUUCUGCUCGUAUCAACACCAUUCCAAUGAACCAAUUAGAAAACGUUAAAGAUUGGCUAGAGUGCGAUAUACAAUUUUACCGUGAAGCAUCAGAUGUACAAUUAGCACUUCUGAACAAAGAAUUCAAGCAGUUUACUGAAAAAGUUGCAGAAGCGGGCGUUCCUUUCAGAAAUAAUGUCUUGUUACAACCUACAACAGAGUGUCUUGUUCAUCUUACGGAACUUAGUACCAACUAA